AUGCGAAAUGAAACUGGGUGCUUUCUGCAGAACAUUCAGCUAGUAAAUUUUAUGUGCCACGAUAAUUUGUAUGUGGAGUUUACUAAAAAAGUGACAUGCAUUGUUGGUAAUAAUGGAAGCGGCAAGUCUGCCAUUAUGAUUGCAGUCGGUGUUUUGUUUGGAGUAAGAGCUACUGCUAUGCGGGGAAAUUCGUACAAGCAGUAUAUAAAAACCGGAGAGGAUUAUUCUCUAAUAAAAGCAGAGAUAAAAGUGCCUGGUGCCUCUGAAGAAUCGAAAAGUAUUAUUAUUGAAAAAAGACUUUCUCCAGAAAGCUCUCGAAUCAGAAUAUUAAUUAACGGCGAGGUUGCUGGGAAAACACAAGAUGAUCUGAAUACGUUAACUGAGCAACUUAGAAUAAAUCUGAAAAAUCCUGUGUGUUUCUUAACACAGGACCAGUCUAAAAAGAUAUUAAAGGUGCACAAUUUAAAGAGCAUCUACGCCUUCUUUAAAUCGGCAACUGAUAUUGAAAACAUUGAGGACAAUCAGGUGCACGAUCAGAACUUAGUUCUUGCGAUAAAGCAGUCACUGGAUUCAGUAAGUGAGCGGCAGGCAAAUAAAGAAAAAACUCUUGAGGCGGUAGAAAAUAGGCUAAAGUUAAAGGAAGAAAUGCAUAGUGCAGAGGAAGCAAUUAGAAGGCUUAAAGUAGAGCAUGCUUGGGGUAAAGUCCACAGAGAAGAGAAAAAAAGAAUCGAGGCAGAAAGAGAGAGGGAGGCUCUAUUGAAUAAGUACUCUACAAUGUCGCAGACAAAAAAAGAGCUGCUUAGCAAGAUAGAGGAGACUACCGGAAAACUCUCUGAACUUACACAGAAAAGAAACUCUCUCCAGGUUAGGCGAGAGGCUAGGUUUGAUAUAAUAAAAGAGGGCAUGGCAAAAAACGAGAGAAGAAAGACUGAAAUCUCCAAAGAACUUGACCAGUACACAUAUGAAAUAGACCAGCUGUCUAAGAAGAUAGCGACUAUAGAACAGAUCCUUGGCAGAUCAAGCGAGUCUGAGAAGAGCGAAGAGACAGAAGAAGUUCUAAUGGAAAGUUUAAAGCUGCUAGAGAGUGAAAGAGCAAAGAAUGAAAAGGAGCAGAUGAGCCUAGAAGUAAAAAAAGCACAGAUUGAGCUAACAAUUGGGAAAAUUCAGAGGGAGGUAGAUGGCUUAGUACAACAGAACGUUAAAAGAGAAGGGAUUCUUCAGUCAUACCGGCAGCAUGACCCAAUAAAGUUUUAUGGAAGUGCAAUGGAAGCUGCAAUUUCUGAAAUAAAGCAAAGAAAGCUGGAUGUAAUAGGGCCAAUUGGGCUGGAGAUAUCUGUAAAGGAUAAGAAGUGGUCUAAGGCAAUCGAGUCUGCACUGGGCAGCUGUGUAUUUGGAUUUAUUCUUCAUUCACAAGAAGUAAAGACUGAAGUGACAAAUAUUUUUAUUAAGUACCGCGUACAAAAAUAUCAGAUCUAUCUAACAAAACCACAAAAAGAGAGAGCAGAAGAUAGAAUAUUUGAAAAAGCCAUGAAAGUGGCUCAGAGUAGUCUUAUGCAGGCGAGCAUGCAUGUUUCUUCUCCUGUGACAACAGUGCUGUCUCAGAUACAGAACAGCAGUGCUAUAGUGGUAGAGCAGCUAAUUAUUCUUUUGGGAAUAGAAAAGAUUGGGCUUCUAGAGAAUCGAAGGGAUGGAUACUUACUUCUGCAGAAAAAGGCUGGAUUUGAUUUUUUCUUAACUCCUGCGCCAGACAGAAUUCAGUAUGUUGGGACUAGUUUGAGUGACAUGCGGUGCACUGUUCGAGAGAAGCAGCUGCUUGUUUCAAAGGAGGGGGAAAAGGAGCUAAUGCAGGAAAUCGAAAACACUAAUACAAAGAAAAACGAAAUAGCAGGCAGAUUAUCUGAUUUAUCAAAGGAAUCAAGGGAUAUACAAAAAACACUACAGACGCAUUUAGAUAUACAAAUAGUUCUGCGGAAUAAAAUAGCGAAUCUGGAUGAAAGAAUAACUCGAAACAAGAAAGCGCAGGGAGACCAGCUGCAGAUAGAAUACAAGCAGUAUUUAGAAGAAAUGAACAAUAUUCAAAAGCAGAAGAGCUCAGUGAAUGAGACGUAUAAAGAGGUUCUUUCUGAAAUAGGCAAGAAUCAGAGAGAGAUAAUAAAAAUACAGGAAGAAACAGAGUAUGCCAGAGAAGAAGAAGAUCAUUUGUAUAGAAAAGAAUUAAAGGGCCGUGCCCAGGAGAAUGAGCAGCUCAAACUUGCAGUGCAAGAAAAUGAAGCAGAGCUAGGCAGUCUCCAAAAAAGAAUAGACCGCAUGAACAUAGAUCUAGAAGAAAUGCACAAAGAGUGCCAGGUUCUUAGAGAAAGUGCUAUGGAUUUAUCUGACCAGCAGGUCCUUAUUGUUGAAAAGGAGCCUGGUGAGAUAGAAAAAGAAAUUAUCGAUCUAACUGCCAAGACAUACGCCUAUUCUACCCAGCCAUCACUAUUUGAAAUUGGCGACAUAAGUGAAGAGCUCCAAGACGAUGAAGAGCAGCGAAUUCUUAAAGAAAAAAAGAAAGAGCUAGAAUGCGAAAUAUCUAGAAUUACAGAAAUACUGCAGGAAAACAGAGAUGAAAUUAAAGAAAUAGAGAAGGGGACUCUGGAGAGAGUGAAAAAAAGAGAAAGCUUCACAUAUCAGCUGUCUGACUCAAGCAUGCAGAGCUUCUCUGACCUAAUGCGUAUGCGGGAAUACACUGGAACAUUGGAAUAUAAUCACAAAAAGGAAGAGCUUGACAUAAAGGUAAAAAUAAGCAAUAAGUCAAAGGGAAACAAAAGCUCUCUCAGCGGAGGAGAAAGAUCGUUCUCUGGCAUUUGCUUUCUUCUUUCGCUAUGGCCUCUUAUUUCCUCUCCCCUCCGAAUUCUUGAUGAGUUUGAUGUGUUCAUGGACGGGCUUAAUAGAAAAGCAGCUCUUAACUUAAUAUUUGAGGCGGCUAGGCGGAUUAAUACGCAAAUUAUCAUUAUCACACCGCUUGGUGUGAGCAACCCACCUGAAGACAUAUGCAACGUAGUUACUCUUAAACCACCCCAGCGGUAGUCCAUCA